ACAGCGAUUCUUCCCCUCCCCCUCAUCCAGUGACCUGGAGAUUUGGACCCCUUUUAGGGGGAUUGAAGGUUUUUUGACUGGGGUCAUUGGAAAUCAAAUCAUGGUCUGCAGCCCCUUGAAGGUCACUUCUGAUUGGUACUCUGAGCCCCGCCUGCCCUCCUCCAUCCCCGCCCUGCUUCAGCUCUGACCGGCCCACAAUCCACCGCCUCAAACUUGUGUGAGGAGGAGGAGGAGGAGGAGGAGGAGGAAGAGGAAGAGGAAGAGGAUCACCUGCAGCAGGAGGAGAAUCAGUCGCAGCAGGAGGAGCACCAGUAUCGGUAUCGUUCUUCCUGUUGUUGUCGUGCAUCAUGGAGAAGUUGGCCAGAGAGAGCAUCAGUCUGCUGGCUUCAGUCUCGGCCAAACCCCCUCUAGACGUGGCCGUGGGCCCCCGGCUGGGCACCGUGGGGGCCAUCUUCAUCAUGCUGAAGUCAGCGCUGGGAGCCGGGCUCCUCAACUUCCCGUGGGCCUUCGAGAGAGCCGGUGGCAUCCACAGCGCCGUGUCCGUGGAGCUGGGCUCCCUGGUUUUCCUGAUCAGUGGUCUGAUCAUCCUGGGCUACUCCUCCUCCAUCAGCGGCCAGUGCACCUACCAGGCGGUGGUGAAGGAAGUGUGUGGGCCGGCCAUCGGUCAGCUGUGUGAGAUAUGCUAUGUCUUCAACCUCUUCAUGAUCUGCGUGGCGUUUCUGGUCAUCGUGGAAGACCAGCUGCAGAAAGUGUGUGGCUCGGUGUACGAGCUGGUCACCGGGUUACCAGAGUCCGAUCUUCCUCAUCACUUCUACACAGACCAGCCUUUGGUUCUGGUCCUCCUCUGUCUCCUCCUCAUCCUCCCUCUGUCCAUCCCCAAGGAGAUCAGCUUCCAGAAGUACAUCAGUGGUCUGGGGACACUGGCCGCCACCUACCUGACCGUAGCCAUCCUGGUGAAAUACCACACUAUGCCAAAGACCAUGGUCCACAUCACUCCUCUCUACAACAGUGGGAUCAGUACCGUGUCCUCCAUGUUCAGUGUCAUCCCAACCAUCUGCUUCGGUUUCCAGUGCCACGAGGCCUCUAUCGCCAUCUACAGCAGCAUGGAGAACCAGCGUCUGUCUCACUGGGUCUUUGUCUCCGUGGUCUCCAUGAUCUUCUGCCUCAUCAUUUACUCCCUCACAGGGGUUUAUGGGUACCUGACGUUUGGAAAAGAAGUGAAGCCCGACAUCCUGAUGUCGUACACGGGUGACGACGUCCUGAUGCUGAUCGCCCGACUGCUCUUCGGAAUCUCCAUCAUCACCAUCUACCCCAUCAUCGUGCUGCUGGGCAGGUCCGUCAUCCAGGAUCCGCUGCUGAGUUGGCGGCGGAAGCGUUACGGCGUGGUGACGUCGGCCUUCGAGUGUCGCAGCCGUUGCGUCCUGACCGUCCUGUGGAUCGCGGUCACGCUGCUCAUCGCCGUCUUCGUCCCAGAUAUCAGUAAAGUCAUCAGUGUCAUCGGGGGAAUCAGCGCUUUCUUCAUCUUCAUCUUUCCAGGACUGUGCCUGAUUUUUGCCAUGCAGUCGGAGCCCGUCUCCUGUAAAACCAGAGUCGUCCUGACGGUCUGGGGAGUCGUGACGUUGAUCUGCGGAGCCUUCAUCUUCGGUCAGAGCACCACCAUAGCCGUCAUGCAGCUGAUCAGAAAGACCUGAGUCCACGGACCAGAGGGAGAGAGAGAGAGAGAGAGAGACCGUUCUCGUCUGGAGUCAACGUCAGGUUGUAAAUGAACCGACGACCUUUCCGUCCUUGUUUGGCUCGAGUUUCUCUGACAGACUUUUUUUGAAAAGCUCAGUCUCAAAAGUUCCUGUCACUUUCUGUUCGGCGGCUCCAACAUUGCACCUGUAGCCGAAGGUGGAGAAAUUCAGAAACACAAGCUGUAGAUAUAUUCACACGUAUAUAUAUAUUUUGUAGAAACCUGCAUAUCUGUCAUUAAAGAGUCAAAAUGA